CAUCCCGCGGCCAGCGCCAUCUUCUGAGCAACGUCGGACCUUUAACCUCGCUCCAACCACUUCCCUUCCUUUCGCUUCCUCCCUCCCUCCCUUCCACCUUGUUUUAGAGUGUUGCACCGGGCUUUCUGAGCCCUUUCUGCGCGACGCGCUAGCUGGCGACGACUUCAAUGGACGGCUUCAGCGAUCACGGCCUCUCGGAGGAUUCCUUUGGGCAGGCGAAGGGCGGUAUCUCGAGUUUUGAUGCUUUUCCCAAAACCAAGAAGACCUACCUCACUCAAGGUCGCAAUUCGUCCGCCUGGACGGUCACCCUCAUACUGACAUGCGUCUACCUCUCCUGGUCGGAGAUUGCGCGCUGGUUCGCGGGCUCCACGACGCAGACGUUCUCCGUCGAGAAAGGCGUCUCGCACGACCUCCAAAUCAACCUCGACAUUGUGGUCGCAAUGAACUGCGGAGACCUCCAUGUCAACAUGCAGGACGCCGCUGGUGAUCGAACACUCGCCGGAGAGUUGCUACGAAAGGACCCGACGAGCUGGAGUCAGUGGGGAAAGGGCAAGGGUAUUCACAAGCUGGGCGAGGGCGAUGAUGGAUUGCCGGGAUGGGAGGAGCUGUGGGACGUCCAUGACCAGCUCGGCGCAGCGAAGAAGAAGAAGAAGUUCCCCAAGACCCCGAAGCUGCGAGGUACGCAGGAUUCGUGUCGUAUCUAUGGAAGUCUGGACGGAAACAAGGUGCAGGGUGAUUUCCACAUCACCGCGCGUGGCCAUGGAUACAUGGAGUUUGGCGAACAUCUUGACCACACCACGUUCAACUUCUCCCACCAGAUCAACGAGCUCUCCUUCGGCCCCUACUACCCCAACCUGCAGAAUCCUCUCGACAGCACCGUCGCAACGACCCCGGACAAUUUCUACAAGUUCCAAUACUACCUCUCCAUCGUCCCGACGAUCUACACCGACGACGCCUCCCUGCUCCCUCUCCUCGAGUCCGUGAACCGCAACUCGAAGCACCCGGCCAAGAACGUCUUCCACUCUUCGCAUGCGAUCAAGACCAACCAAUACGCCGCUACGUCGCAGUCGCACCCGGUCGGCGAGAACUACGUCCCAGGAAUCUUCGUAAAGUUCGACAUCGAACCCGUCAUGCUCACCAUCGCCGAGGAAUGGGGCGGCUUCUUUGCCCUCUGCGUCAGGCUCGUCAACGUCAUCAGCGGUGUCAUGGUCGCUGGAGGAUGGGCGUGGCAGAUGUUCGAGUGGGCGAUGGAGGUCUACGGCAGGAGGAACAGGAACAGAGGAAAUAGCCAGGGCAUGUUGGGAGGUUACGCUUCCAAGGAGAAGAUGAGCUUCGAUUAGAGAGGCAGAUUGGAUAUAAGAGUCCAGAUCCAAUUUAGGUUUGGGUUGGUGUAUGCUUGUUUUUAUUUGGCGAAGUGUUUUGGGAGACCAGAUGACAGCAUCGGCGAGGCGUUUCAAUCAUCUUAUGGGUCAGUCAAUGUCAUGAAGGGCGGAGGAAAGAAGGGAGGUCUUUUCAUGGGCUCCAUGUGUGAAUAGGGAAUUGGAUGACGAUUUAUUUGUCUAUAUGAUAGAUCGGGUACUAAACAAACCAAAAAAAGAGAAAUUAAGAAAUUACAUAUCUAAACCAAGUACAUGUCAG